AUGGGCGGCAGCGAAGGAGAGCAGAGAGGAGAUGAGGAACAAGCAGCUGCAGAGAGGAUCUUGGGACACUACGACGUGGAAAGGAGGCAAGUUCGGACCGAGGGCAAAGGGAAGUUGAAGUCCAAAGACAAAGAAGGCAAGGGGAAAGGAGGAGCCUUCAAGUCUGGUGGAUGUGGCGACCGCGAGGCACACCACGUGCACAAUCCCAGAGAUAUACUUCUCUUCGAUGUCGGCGCUCGCGCUGGCAUGAUGACACGCGCCGUCUGCCGCGACGCUGCGCCCUUCAUUGAAUACGUGAACCUGCGUCUGACCUCUCGCGAGACAUAUGGAGCCAUCUUCGAGCGGGAGCGGACCUGCAACUUUGCGCCAAAUCGACCUGAGCGGCUCUUUGCAAAUGCCUGUAUGGUGGUCAUGGGCCGGUGACAAAGUCACUUGCUUGUUUUAGACAUGAAAUGGGCUGAUCGCGG